AUGUCUUUUCGAAUAAAACUAGUAUUUUCGAUUUUCGUUCUCUCUUCUUUCGUGUUUAAUGUAUCAGCAAUUUCUAGUGAAGCCACGUGGUAUGGAUCUCCCGAUGGUGCUGGGAGCGACGGUGGAGCGUGUGGAUUUUGUGAUGCUGUUGAAACGACAUAUGGAAAGUAUAUAACCGCAGUUGGUAACGGCCUAUAUAAAGGUGGCAAAGGAUGCGGCGCAUGUUAUGAGGUGAAAUGCUUGUCACAUUCAGCAUGCUCUGGAAAUUCAAUAAAUGUGGUUGUUUCUGAUCAAUGUCCAGGGUGUGAUCCGUAUCAAUUUGAUCUUAGUGGCACUUCUUUUGGAGCCCUUGCAUCUAAUGGGGCUUCCAAUCAACUCCGCGGUGCUGGUCGCAUUCAAAUCGAAUACCAAAAGGUUCCAUGUAAAUAUAAUGGGGAAACAAUAAAAUUUGUAGUGGAUAAUGGAUCGAAUCCAUAUUAUAUAGCGGUAAAUGUUAUGGAGGUAGGUGGAGAUGGUGACCUAGAAAAUGUGGAGAUUCAACACGGGUCCAAUCCGUUUAUGGCUGCCCGUUUGGUUUUUGGAGCCACAUGGGGGGUCAACUCGUUCAUGCCUGGUCCAUUGUCGAUUCGACUUACCACAAGUUUGGGAAAGUCUAUUGUUGCUCAAAAUGUUAUUCCGGAAGGUUAUUCUCGUGGUGGUGGUCGUGGACGUGAAAGGAAUCCAUACAUCGAGAGAGCAAAUGAUGAAAUCCUCGAGGAAAUCCGAGAAGCGGUGGAGGAAGAGAAAGAGGAUGCAAAUGUGGACAAGGAAGUGACGAAUACGAGAAUAUAUAAGAAAAGUCACAUGUUUAGUGCUACAAUUGUCACAAAUUGGGUCAUUAUGCUCAUAACUGUUGGUACACUAAGGAUGCGAAAGUAG